UGCCAGGAGAUUGGUCUAGUCCAUGUCUAACCUAAUAACGCCACCUGAUAUAGCUAAAUGAUAAGAAGAACAAUAAUAUUGAAAUAACAGUUUAUGGUAGACAGAUCGUUCGGAUUCUUCGAGAAACAACGAGAACACAGCUGAUGAAUAUUUCUAAAAAAGAAUUAAUUAAAAGUUACCUGAUAUAUUAUCAGUGCAAGUGUCAUGAACCUCUCAACAUAACUUCUGCUCUUCUUCUAAAUUGUAAGUAAAUUCGUUCCAAACAUGCCGUUCAACUUCGAAAAACGCGCCAAAGUUGUCAAAGACGUGAAAUGUUACCAGAAACGACCAGUGGUACCAGACGGGGGUUGGGGAUGGGUGGUGUGCUUCGCUGCAGCUUGUACGAAUUUUACAGUAAGUGGAUUGGCAACGUCUUCGGGAAUAUUCCUUAUUGGCCUCAGAGGAACCUUUGAUGAUCCAGUAUGGAAGUUGGCGUUAGUUGGAGCCCUGCUUGACGGACUUAGCAUGCUUGCAGCUCCAGUGGCCAGUGUGUUGUUGGUUUGCGUUAGCCACCGAACAGUGUUGAUGCUAGCAGGUCUUCUUGGUUUCAUAGGAGCCGUAUUGGGUGCGUUUUCCACUUCUAUUGAGAUGAUGAUAGCAACAUACGGCAUUAUAACAGGUGUAUCUCUUGGAAUGUCUUUUUUCACCUGCCAGAUUAUCACAGGACUCUACUUUGAUAAGAAACGGGCAUUGGCAAUAGGAAUAAACAACUGUGGUGGAGGAAUGGGUACAAUGGUGAUAAACUUGUUUUUCGAGUUUUUUAUCGAAAUUUAUGGACUUACGGGCACCUUGCUUCUAGUAGGAGGGUUGCUUCUGAAUGUGGCCGUUUAUGGAGCACUUUGCCGACCUUUGCCCUAUACCUACACAGAUGCUCAGAAGACGGCAUGUAUAGAUGGGACCGACCACCCCACGGCAAAGGAACUUCCGUCUUCAGCACCGGAUUCUAGCAACAGUGAAAACAUUAAGCACAGAGGAAUGAUAAACGAAGCAUUUGAUUUAUCGGACGAGAAACAGAAUACGGGGAGUCCUCUACCGGCAGAAAAAAGUGGCAUCAAAGAUGAAACCAUUAUAAACACGGAGAAACUACGUAAAAAUUCAGUUGUGGAAUGCUGUUUAAUUUCAAUUGGAGCUAAACAUUUUAGAAAUAUCGACUUUGUGCUGCUCACUAUGGCCUACGUUGCUUGGGUGUGUUCUUCGGCGUUGUACACCUUCGUCCCACCCCUAUGUGUUUGGGCAUUUGGAAUGAACCGAAGCACAGCUGCCAUGCUCAUGCUCUUUCUGGGAUUUUUUACAACUAUUGGUGAACUGUUACUCGGAGUAUUUGUCGAUGUGUUUCACUUUAGUGGCAAGAAGGUCUUCAUGUUCUCUCUGUUCCUUGUCACAGUUUGCUCUGCGAUGAUGCCUUUCUGUAACCAAUUCAUACUUAUGGCUUCGGUAGCAAGUGUCUUUGGCUUUGCGAUUGGGUUAGGGGUAUCUCUCAGACUGGUCCUCACAAUAGAUGUAGCUGGUUUAGAAGAGUCCACAAAAGCAUUCAGUAUUCUAAGUGUGUUCUGUGGAAUUGGAUAUUUCGCUGCCCCUCCUACCUUUGGACUGAUUUUUGACGUCACAAAAUCAUUUGUCGUCGUUUUUUACGUAGGUGGAACAUGCGCGUUCACUUCAUUAAUUUUAAUGCUUUUAAUUAGCUUUCGCGAAAUAUGCUGCAAAAAACGUCCGAAGAAAUAAAAGCUGUUCUCUAAUUUUUUUUUCUCUGUUGUUUAAACUGUUAAUUUCUCUAUUAAUCAAUAUGGUCGAUUUUUAAAAGAUAAACAAUUUAAGGUCUAAGCAGGAGAUAUAUAAUUCAAUGAUUGAAUCACUAUAAAGAUAUAACAAAUGUUAAAAUUACUUGUGAAAUAUCUCUCAAUUCAAAAUUUAACGUCUCAAUAAAGAUUUUCAAUUUUAUACCAUAA